CUGAACGGCGGUAAUGACGGGUUUCAUUCACAUUCGCAAAGACUUUCGAGAUAGAUACUCUUGCGGCCUCAGUCAGGCCGCAAACACAUCCUCAGUGAAGAAUGACACGAUAGUCUCCCUUGGACCCAGUCAUGUCCUCGGAUGUUUUAACACCUCCGCGUCGAUGCUCGUGACGCGCGAGGAGGCUCGCCAUCAAAGCCACAUGGCACAAGGUAACCAGAAUACAAAGGACCGAACAAUGUGGCGAUUGCCACAUUCGCCACGUUAGGUGCCUAUAACAAAACCCCGCCGGUGGACCAGCCACACGAUCAUCUUCAUCUCACCCUCGACCCACUAUGCGCCUCGAGACUGUUCUACAUUCCCUACAACAACCAGAAAGAGCAACGACGCCUAAGCCGCCACCCAGCCCGAAGCCGCCAUUGGACCCUCUCAAAGUCCUUUCCGCGGUCCCACUACGCGUUUUUUGCGAACCUAUAUCGCCCGCAAGGCGACGGAGCCCUGUGACCAGACCGUCGCCUCUGCGGAAGGAGGUAGUACCUUCCUUUCUACCUGAACGGCCAUUGCUGCCGACCCGCAUUUCAAAGCGCAGCUCCUCUGGCGGCGCCGGAAGCGAGACCGUCUCUCGUGCAUCUCCCCUGCGCCUGAAGCUAUCGAACCUCCCUCGAAGAAAUGCGUCCGGGACCAUAGGCCCUAUAGAAAAGCCGGAGCUGACGAAGGCUUCGUAUGAAAGCUGCACGUACCGCAAGACGCAAGCCACUCCUUGUGUCGAAUCCGAGCAAGAUGACGAGGCGUCCGAUGACGAGCUGGAGAAGCUGCAAGCACAAUUUGGCGCCUGGAAGAUGGAAGCAGAGACGUUCACGGAGGAGUACAGAAAGACCCUCGACGAAGCGAUGCGAGGCUUUAGCAAUACUCACCAACGACUUCCGACAGAUGUGUCCGUCAGCUUCCGGGGCCUUUGA